AUGCGGUCUGUCUCAUUAUUCUCAAUUCUUUUUUGGUAAUUGUUCCAUGAGGGUUUCAAAAUAAUAAAUAACGACGUUUGUUUAACGUGGAUAUACUUUUCUUUUAUUUUUUCACGUAUAUCUACCCUAUUUCGUUCUUGUCGGCAAUCAGUAAUUAAAGUCUUCAAAAAGUUUUUUUUCUUUAUUGUAAAGGGUGCUCAUUAGUUUAACAUACUUAAAGGAGAAAAUGGAGCUUUUGUAUUUUAAAACCUCGUUGAAGCUCGGGUAUAGCCUAUUCCCCGCCAGCUUUUCACGUUUUUCUUUCCGCCAAAAAGACCGUAUACCAAAUUAGAUCAAACUUCUGCUUUUAUAACGGCAAGAAACAAAGGUCUUGAAGCGAAGUUGUUCAAAUUUGACCUGGCCUUUUGGCGGAAUGAAAAACGUGACAAGCUGGCGCGGAAUUGCCUAUAUAGUCUGUGUGCCACGACUUGAAAUUUCACGGAACGACAUUCCGCUAUUCCGCUGCGUGCGUUCGCGAAGCGUCUUUAGAAUCUACAAUUUCAAUUUAUUGUUUUUGCUGUGGGAGCACAUGAAAGUAGAGUACCUUAAAAAAAAAAAAAUUAAAAUCACGACCAAGGUUCGCAAAGGCGCGCAGCGGCACAGCAGAAUGUCGUUCCAUGAAAUUCCAAGUCGUGGUACACAGGCUAUAUCAUGAGUUAAAGAAAAUCUGGAAGACAUAAUAUAUCCGAAAUAUCAGUAUUGAGAGGGAAUGUGGCGCAGUAUAGUUUAACCAGAAAUUUCCGAGCAUUUGGUGAAUUUUGAAAGCUCAGAAUGAGUUUGGUUGGCUUCAUCGGCCUGGGCAACAUGGGCGGCCACAUGGCACGCAACCUGAUGAAGAAUGGACGGUCUCUGAUAGUCUUCGACCUGAACAAAGCGGUCACGGAGCAAUUCAAGGUUUCAGCUGGUCUUUAAAUGGUAGAAAGUCUGAUUGGCAGGCCGAUGGUGCUAUAGUCGCCAAGCAUCCGGCAGACGUCGCCGCCGCCGCCAAGGAAAUUAUGACGGUGCUGCCGAGCUCGCCCCACGUUCGCAACGUCUACACCGGCGACAAUGGAAUCUUGAAGUUGACACCCUUUCAAAGUCAUCUCACACCUCCUACUUAAGGACUAUCCAGCCAGACACCCUUUGCAUGGACUCUUCCACUAUUGAUCAGACCGUCUCUAUCGAAGUGGGUUUUUACAAAAAAAGAAAAAAAUAGAAGCGCGAACGGUCAGAUUUUGAAGAUGCUGGAACUUGCUUGCUGAGAUUUAAAUUGCUUUACUAUGGUUCAGUCAAAGUAAAUUUUAACCGUUGCCUAGUUUUAACGCCUCAAAGUUUACACUCAGUGCAGCAUGGAAAGAAAGGUUUUCUGGCGUCUUUAAUAAAUCGACUAUCACAGAUUGAGAAUCAGGAUACUUCCAAGUACAUCUCAGCAAACGUUUAGCAAUUUGAACUUUCUUUGUGAUUAAUUGAAUAAUGACGAAAGUUCCUAAAUUCUGUUCUUUGGCAGAUGGCGAGACUCUUGAGAGAAAAGAAGAGCCUCUACAUCGACGCUCCGAUUUCCGGUGGCGUAGGCGGUCUGUGUCCUGCUUUAGUUCGACGUUAACUGUGUAUUCAGGAGCCCAAGCAGCCACUUUGACUUUUAUGGUAGGAAGUGGCAGCGAUCAAGUCUUUGAAAGGGCCAAAGUGAUUCUCAGUGCCAUGGGCAAAAACAUUGUUAGUUUAUCUCUGGUUUUCAAAAACUCUUUUUCAUAAGUCAUAAAACAACUCUGGGAUUUCAAAAUCUUUGAUUUUGAAAACUCAGAUUUAUUUGAUAAAGUUUUGAGUCGAAAUUCAAUAAUUUUUAUCUUGAAAGGUGAACCUUGGAGCCGUGGGCAAUGGCCAAGCAGCAAAAAUCUGUAACAACAUGCUUCUCGGGAUCCACAUGAUUGCUGUCGCCGAGACCAUGAACCUCGGAAUCAAGUUUUUCCAUUUGUUGUCUAAUAUUUCUGAUUGCUUUCUGUUCAGGAUGGGACUCGACAAGAAGGCGUUGGCGGGUAUUCUGAACACCUCGAGUGGUCGCUGUUGGUCUUCGGACACGUACAAUCCUGUCCCGGGCGUCAUUGAAGGAAUUCCACCAUCCAAAGGAUAUUCUGGCGGGUUCGGAACAACUCUUAUGGCUAAGGUAUAUUUUGCGACACGAAUAUCGUUUUUAAACAUGUGUAGUCAUGGUAACGUGUAAACUUGGCCUCAUUUCCGCCAAUGAAGCAAAUUUGUUCGAAAUCUUUCAGGAUCUGUCUUUGGCGCAAAACGCGGCGACCAACGUGCAGGCGCCGACGCCGCUGGGGUCCUUGUCCCAUCAGAUUUACCGUCUUUUGGCCCAGGACCCUCAGUUUCAGGCCAAAGAUUUCGGCGUCGUCUACCAGUUCCUUAAAGACAACACUAAGUGA